AUGGCAGAUCGUUCAACCUACACUGUUGGGUGGAUCUGCGCCUUAACAACAGAAUUGAAUGCCGCGGAAAGCCUUUUCGACGAAGAAUAUGACGUGCUUCUAGAUGUACAAGCUCCCGGCGACAACAAUAUAUAUUCCUUCGGGAGAAUGGGGAAACAUGACGUUGUCGUGGCAUCCUUGCCCGAAUAUGUCGGCAUUGGUGGUGGUGCUCCGAGCCCUAAGCAUGAUAUUCGUCUUGGAGAUGUCGUCGUCAGUGUCCCCUUUGGAGCCAAAGGAGGAGUCUUACACCACGAAUGUGGCAAGAAAAUACAGAAAAAGGAGUUUCAGUUCACUGGAUCAUUGAAUCAGCCACCUCAGUUUCUGCUGACCGCUGUGGGGAUACUAGAAGCGGAUUAUGAAGGUCAAGGCCAUGAACUGAACGAAAGAAUCGAAAACGCACUCAGCAAACGACCUCGCCUCAGGAAACGGUAUGCUCAUCCAUUGAAAACCUCAUCACCCGAUGAUGACGAUGACUCAAUGAUCCAUUAUGGUCUCAUUGCCAGCUCUGACAAGCUCAUGAAGAAUGCCACUAUCCGGGAUGAGCUAGCAAGGGAGGAGGGUGCAUUAUGCUUUGAGAUGGAAGCAGCUGGCUUGAUGAACCACUUCCUCUGUCUGAUUAUACGUGGGAUCAGAGCAAGGAAUGCCAGGGCCCUCUCAGAAGCCUGCUGA